GUGCACAUAUCUUCAUCACAAAACAACUCAAAGCUCAAAACAGCCUUCCUUAUCUUUUACUCUUUGAUCCCUUUCAAAAAACCCUCAAAAUCAUCAUGGGUGUUUUCACUUACAACGACGAGUUCUCCUCCACCAUUGCCCCUUCUAGGUUGUUCAAGGCCUCCGUCCUUGAUGCCGACAACCUUUUUCCAAAAAUUGCUCCCCAAGCUGCUAAAAGUGCAGAGACCGUCGAAGGAAACGGAGGGCCCGGAACCGUCAAGAAGAUCACCUUUCCCGAUGGCAAGUACGUGAAGCAGAGGCUUGAUUCAAUUGACCACGACAACUUCAGCUACGGCCACAGCGUGAUCGAAGGAGAUGUUUUGUCUGCCGAGCUUGAGAAAAUUUCUCAUGUGACAAAAUUUGUGGCAUCCCCAAAUGGAGGAACUAUCAUUAAGGUCACUACCAAUUUCCACACCGUCGGAGGUGCCCACGUCGAUGAAGCGAAGGCUAAGGAAGGAAAGGAAAAGGCCACCGGUCUGUUCAAGCUCAUCGAAGGCUACCUCCAGGCGAACCCCGACGCUUACAACUAAAUCGAUCUGUUGAACCAUAUAAUUUGUCAAAUUAGUUUUCGCUGUAAUCUAGCAAAAUGGUGUGUGGCGUUUAUGUUGUUUUGUUUUCCAGACUUCCUAUAGGGGCUUGCCAAUAAGAUUGCGGAGUUGUGAUAUUCCCGUUUGUAUUGAAAAUUUCAAAAGCAUUUUAUCUUACUAUAAAUAAAAGAGUGAAAAAAAUAUCUUGUACUAAAAUGUUACUUGUGCUU